AUGAAUUUUGAAUUUGAGAGGGAGAUUGGGUUUAUAAACAGCCAGCCAUCGCUUGCCGAGUGUCUGACUUCCUUCCCCGCUGUCCGGGAGACAUUUCAAACUUCAUCAAUCAAGGAGUCGACAUUAAUUCCUCCUCCUCCUCCUCCGGAGCAAACCUUCCCCAGCCUCCAGCCAGGCGCCUCCACCCUUCAGAGACCCGGGAGCCAAAAGCAAGCCGAAGAUGGGCCUGCUCUGCGGCCACCGCAGCCACUCCCCGCCGCCCCCCCAGCCCCCGAGUUCCCCUGGAUGAAAGAGAAGAAAUCCGCCAAGAAACCCAGCCAAUCCGCCGCAACCCCUUCUCCAGCCGCCUCCUCGGUCCGGGCCUCCGGGGUUGGAACACCUUUAGACGGCCCGGGGUCCCUGGCGGAGGGCGGCGGCGGCGGCUCGCGCAGGCUGCGCACGGCCUACACCAACACGCAGCUGCUGGAGCUGGAGAAGGAGUUCCACUUCAACAAGUACCUGUGCCGGCCGCGGCGCGUGGAGAUCGCCGCCCUGCUGGACCUCACCGAGAGGCAGGUCAAGGUCUGGUUCCAGAACCGCCGCAUGAAACACAAGCGCCAGACGCAGCCCCGGGAGCCGCCGGACGGGCCGAGCGCCCCGGACGACGCCGGCGACGCCGGCGGGGACCCAGCCGGGGAGGCCGCGCUCAGCCCCGGCGGCGCCUCCGUCCCCCGGGGAGGCCGCUUCCCCGGCGCCGAGGCCGCUCGGGGUCCCCGGGGCGCCCCGCCGCCCGCGCCCUCCGCCGCCGCCGCCCCGGAGAGGCUGGGCGCGGCGAGCCCCGGCUGCCCGGCGCUCGGAGCCCGGGGCCUGCCGCCCGAGGCCUCCCCGCCCCAGGACGCCUGUCCCGAGCGCCAGGCUUCGCCCUUCCUGCCCGACCUCAGCUUCCUGGCCGCCGACUCCUGUCUGCAGAUGGCCGGGGGCCUCUCCCCCAGCCUGCGCGGCUCGCUCGACAGCCCGGUGCCCUUCUCCGAGGAGGAGCUGGACUUCUUCGCCAGCACGCUCUGCGCCAUCGACUUGCAGUUUCCCUAGCCGCUUUCUUGGCCUCCGGCCUCUCCACCUCGGUCCUCCUUGGCUGCUGGGGAGGAAACAAACAAACAAACAAACAAACAAAACCCGAGCCUUUUCCACCCCUACUCGCGUUUAAUAAGUGUUUGGUUAACAUUCAGGUAUUAACGAAUUAGCGUUUCACCCGCCCCCCCUUCCCGUUUUUUUAUUUAUAAAAUCACACAGGAGAUUCCAUUUGGUCAGGCUCCUUCCAGCGAAAUCUCAGGAAUAAUUAAAUUCUAGCGGGGGAGGGUUUUCUUAAAAAAACAAAACAAAAAAAAGAGCUAGAGGGACUUAU